GCAGACUGCGGAGCAGUUUGCAGGGAAAAUGGAUGAAGGUGUUUCGAUCACCGAUGAUCAGCUCAGAGGAAGCUCCGAUCACUUCCUCUCCAGCCUCGGUGCUUUCUGGCUUCAUUCCGUCGCCACCUGUUUGUCUCCAGACGCGCACAAACCGUGCGUCCCCGCUGCUCUCACCCUGCUCUCUGCCCUCCUGCUGCUGCUCUCCUCUCUCCUGGUCGCGUGCCAGAGUUGUAAAUCAAGAGGGGAAAACUCACCUGAAACCAUCAUGGUAUUCUACUGCUUUCUGGGUAACCUGUGCAACACUGUGGGAGCAGUUCUGUCCAGGCAGCUGCACAUACAGAUUUUUAUGGGGGCUUUUGCUGCUGUGAAGGAUGCUGUGCACUGCAUCCUGUGCUGCCUUCCAGUGUUCCUGUGCUGGAGCUCCCAAACACAGCGGAGGCUGAGGGCGAUGAAGAAGCGCAGGAGACAGCAAAUCUUUGCUGUAGGUGUGCUGAUGGUGGUUGCUGGAGGGUUUCUGAGGUCCAGAGUUGAUGAUCCUCCAGCGCUCAGGCCUGUUGGUGGAAGGAGGCUAAUGCACAGCUUCAUGCAGCUCUCAAGUUGGAACCCUAUAAUGGACAACAAAGAAAUUCUUGGUUACAUCCUGGGUCUGCUGGCCUGUAUCAUUGCCUGGACCUCCAGGCUCCCUACACUCUGUACAGAAAGGAACGGACAGAAGGUUACUCAGAUGUCCGUUUUCUCUGAACUUCUUUCCUCCAUAUCUGGUGCCCUCUAUGCUGCAGCCAUCCUCCUCUAUGAUAUACGGUUCGUAUUUCUCAUCAGAGUUAUGCCGUGGCUGCUGUCGUCCAUUGGCUGUGCCAUCCUGGACCUGCUGAUUGUAGUCAUGCAUCAGUUCAAGACCGGAACCAGACAGAAGAUGUUGAAACUAUCACCUGACACGGAGAGACUGUUAGGCUUGCACCCUGAACAUACUUCUGGCACAAAGCAGCAAAAAAAGCAGCAGAAACCAUCACAGACAAAAACAAGGAACAUUCAGAAGCUGAUGGAGAUGGGCCAGUAUAUGGAUGUCAGUGGUCAGCAGACAACAAAGGUUCUUUCCCUUAAAGAAGUGACUUUGUCUAAAGACGGGUCAGAUGGCAGACUUCCUCACAAGAUGAUGCGAGUGGUCAGAGCUGGUGGCCUUUCCUCCUCUGAUACAUCCUAUAGCUCCUCAUCAGACAGCACUGAUCUGGAGUGGGACUUUGAAGCUGCAGUUACACAGUGGAGUAAACCAGCCUCGAAACCUCAGAAAGGGAACGAGUUCACUCUGCAAGACUGGCCUACAAACCCGAAGCCUUUCAGUGUCUGCGUUUGCUCCAUGGCUGGACUUCCACAGAAGAGUCUGUGUUCUGCGAAGGAAAGCGGCUCUGCUAUGAGCUGAGCUUCUCUACAAACACAUCUGGUGUAAUCUGCUUGGCAUGAAUAAAA